CUUGUUUGGAAGGCGAUGUUUCCAUCCGUGCGGGGUUCCAGCGCGGUGCUUGCCUCUGAGAGAGCCAGCGGCCGGGCUGGUACUAGCUGGCCGGGCGCUCGGCCUGGGCAGCGCUAGGAGCCGCCUAUUGUUCGCUGCGGUGCAGGCGGCUGAGCCCAGAGCAGGGGGCGCCGCGGGGACAGGAUGUCGGUGGCGGGGCUGAAAAAGCAAUUCCACAAAGCCAGCCAGUUGUUCAGUGAAAAAAUUAGUGGAGCAGAAGGAACAAAACUAGAUGAAGAAUUUCAAGAGAUGGAAAGGAAAAUUGAUGUCACCAGCAAAGCUGUAGCAGAGCUUUUGUCAAAAUCCACAGAGUAUCUUCAGCCAAAUCCAGCAUACAGAGCCAAGCUGGGAAUGCUGAACACUAUGUCGAAGAUCAGAGGACAGGUUAAAACCACAGGAUAUCCUCAGACAGAAGGGCUAUUGGGGGAUUGUAUGCUGCGGUAUGGCCGAGAACUUGGGGAGGAUUCCACAUUUGGCAUUGCACUGAUAGAUGCUGGUGAAUGCAUGAAGCAGAUGGCAGAGGUAAAGGACUCUCUCGAUAUUAACGUCAAGCAAAACUUCAUUGAUCCUCUACAAUUACUACAGGACAAAGACUUAAAAGAGAUUGGGCAUCAUCUCAAGAAGCUAGAAGGCCGUCGUUUGGAUUAUGACUAUAAAAAGAAGCGUUUAGGGAAGAUACCAGAUGAAGAAGUUAAACAAGCAGUAGAAAAGUUUGAAGAGUCAAAGGAGCUGGCAGAAAGAAGCAUGUUCAACUUUUUAGAAAAUGACAUAGAGCAAGUUAGCCAGUUGGCAGUAUUUAUAGAAGCAGCACUAGACUACCAUAAACAGUCCACAGAAAUUCUGGAGGAACUGCAGAGCACACUGCAAAACCGAAUAAAUGGAGCAUCUAGUCGUCCUAAGCGUGAAUUCAAGCCAAAACCUAUAAUAACUUCAGCUCUGGAAGUUAGCGAUAACCAGCAGCACAAUGGGAUCUCAUACAGUUCUUCAAUAAAAUUAUCAGGUUCUUCGGCGCACAUGGAUCAGCCUUGCUGUCAAGCGCUGUAUGACUUUGAGCCAGAAAAUGAAGGAGAGCUUGGGUUUAAGGAAGGCGACAUCAUUACUUUGACCAAUCAAAUUGAUGAGAAUUGGUAUGAAGGCAUGUUAAAUGGAGAGUCUGGCUUCUUCCCCAUUAAUUAUGUCGAAGUGAUGGUACCUUUGCCUCAGUGAACACCUAAUUCAAACUGCGAACAUAAUUUCAUGAUUGAAAUGGAUUCACAAUUGUUUUAUCAGUGUGGCAUUCUGUGAAAGCCUUGCUAUUUGACUGACUGAUUUUUGUAUGCAUCUUUUAAAAAUGUAUUUAUUUUGUAUUCCUUUAGUUUGUAUACAAAAAAACAAAAACACACAAUCCUUCCUUGGCUACGUGAAAAUGCAAAAAAACUCAGCCUCUACUGUUUUUGCUUUGUGCCUGGAAGAUUACUGUCAGGUGUUUACUGGUAGCUCACUGUUGCUCCAAAAAUACAUUCCCUUGCUCUUACUGUAAUGGAGCCUUUUUUAAUCUCCUGGCUGCAAUGAUUUUACUGUUAAACUAUUUAAAAAAAAACUGAGUCAAGCUAACUGUAACCAGUUCUUAAGAGUUACUGAUGUCACUGGGCCUUUUUCAUCCAUCACAAUGUAACUUACUGUGAACAACCUAAUCUGUGUUUCACAUUGUAUGUUGACAAAAGGCUAACAUGUUGUUGUACUAAGUACAAAGUCUUAGAAUUGAAUAUUCCUCUAAUUUACUGACCAUAUUUAAUAAAUAUUACUGUGGGGAAAGCAUACAGACUGCUGCUUACUACAGCUGGAUUUCUGGCAUUUGUUUUCAAGCAGUGUUUUUUUAUGUUUCUCUCUAGACAUACCACUGUUUUCAGGUGGUGUUACAGCCAGUGAGCAAAAUGAACUGUCAGGAACAAUUCCCUGACUCUUCAGCUGCUGCAUUUUUAACAUUGUGGUCUGACUUAGAACAAAAGAGCUCACUCAUUCUUUCAUAAUGCCUGCUAAUAUUAUCCUUGGACAGGAUAGGCAAAAGGCAGCCCCUCUCUUCAUAUUCAUUUGAGCCCAGUACAUACUAAUACUAGAUCAUGUCUUUUGGCCAGUGCUGUAUUAGAUAACUUAAUGGAGAUGAAUGGAGAAGUGUAUUUCUAGAGACUGGCUUUUUGAAAG